AUGUACACCAAUCGACCUCUAUACGGCGGAGCCAUCACCUGCGAUAUCAAGACUGACUGGAAAGAUGUCUCAGACAUCCGACAAGUACCAGAUCACCAAGAAUGCUAUCAAGAAAUCGACGGAGCUGUCUUGGUGGUAGAAAUUCUCGAACGACAAAAGGUUUCCGAUGCCGGUGCGGCCGCAUUCUUUUUCAAGGACCUGGCAGAAAGCAAUGGUAGUACGGAAAAUAAAUUUGAGCCCAAAGAUAUUCCUGCUGGGACAAACCUAAUGAAUUGCAGUCUCUGUGCCGGCGUUGGCAUUCAGAAAGUAGCCAUGGGGAAAGAUCACGAUAUGGCUGGAAACCCUCGGCAGCAGGAAGUGCGAUUGGUCCAAGUAGAAAUGUGCGUCUUUCGGUUAGCAAACGUAGGCACGGAUUUACUAGUGACGAUAUCCAAGCCGAUCAGCGAUCUGUCCAACAAGAACUCGUCUGGAAGUGAGCCAUUUCACAAAGCAAUAUCAUCCUUGCAAGUUCGAAACUGGGGUCUAUUUGGGUGA